AGAAGCACAUAUUACUUCCUUUCUCUUACAAGAAUACGUAUGGUAUUUCUUCUCUUGUUAAACAAAUCCUAACUCUUGAGGGAACCAGCAAGAUUAAUGACAGAGUUUUUGAUUAUCGUUCUACUUACCCCAAACACUUGGCUCUAGAGGCAGUGGAGGAUAAAGCCCCAGCCCAGACCUCCGAGGCUCUGCUGUUCAUCUUCAGGGAGCUGAAAUCCAUGAACGAAAAGCCAGAUCGGCAGCUGAGGGCCAGCACUUUCCAGAGUUUGGUGUCUGAACUCCGUGGACUCGAGCAUGAGGUUCUGAAGCAGACCAUUACUCAGAUGGUGGAGGAGGACAAGUUCAUGACCUGGCAGGCCCUGAUUCAGUGUGGCACCCCAGAGUGUGGCAGCGCCAUGUUCAGUAUUCUGAAGACCUUUGAAACUGAUGCCAUUGAGAGAAAAUGGUAUUUGGUAGUAACUACUGGGAUUCUGCUGGGUAACUACUCCACUAUUGUCGAGUGGAAUCCCAUCAUUUGUGGCAUUUGUAUUGCAUUUGCCUUAUCUAAAAGAUUUAAGAUCUACAAAAAAUAUACAUAUCAAUAUGAAGCUGAGAUCCAGAACAGGGUGACUGGGACUUCCCCUCUCACGAAUGGUCCCAAAAUCUCCUGCAAGGUCGAAAUUGAUGUGCCUGUGGCAUGCAGCUUUGAGCUCCGUACCAGUGAGUGCUCCCUAACUGAGGUGGUCGGAACGGAUGCAAAUGGCGCGCCCAUCUAUGCACCUGCUGCUGAGGCCCAAGCCUUUCAAGCAGCCAUAGAAAAAAAUGUACUGAAGUUUGUAAUUGAGGGUGAGACAGGUGUGACACUCUAUCCUGAGGGAGAUGAAACCAACAUCCUGAACUUCAAGAGGGGUAUCAUCUCUGCUCUGAUUGUUCCUGUCAUGGAGAAGGAGGAGAGCAAAGACAUGCAAUACCCUCUGUCCAAGCUGAUUGGCAGUACCCAGACUUGCAACUAUAAGUUCGACAACCAGAAGAAGCACAUGACCUCUGCCACGUGCACAGAGAAGCACAUAUUCCUUCCUUUCUCUUACCAGUGA